CCGCUCCACUCCGUUCCGAUCUGACAGCUCCUGUCAAAACGGAACUCGCAGUUGCGUCGCCCGUCAUCGCCCUCUCUCGUCUCUCGAGGUCUGUUCGUUAUCACUCUUUUCGCACUAGGUCUCUCCUCCUUUUUCUCCUUCUCAGAGCAGCGGACGCACGUAGAUACAUCUGUUUCACUUUAAACGCGGAAGGUGAACAGCUGAGACAAACAGACCUCUCAAGUUUCCGUUUGACGAAUCAAUCGCUCGCUUUCUCGCUCUCUCACUCUCUCUCUCGUUCGCUCGCUCGCUCGCUCGCUCGUUCGUCCGUCCGUCUAUCCGACCAUCUAUCCAUCCAUCCAUCUUCUACGUCGCGAAGAGCAACAUCGCUCGUGCUUACGUUUACGUUCGCAUAGGUCGCCCCCACGACAGAGCAACAGUUCGCGCAGAAUGUUUGGAUGAUCACACGAUCCUCGCAAUCGGCCGUCGUCGCGCGAAGGAGAUCAAGACGCGCUGCCGCUCGAUCGCAACGCGAUUAAUUAUUUCGCAACGGGGGUAAUUCGGCCGGGAGUGCGUUUUCUUUUUUCUCCGCGAUGUGUCUCGCCGACGUGAAUAAUCGACUCGAUAAGCUCGCGCCUCGCGCACACAUAUGGAGGAAAACUGGACCGUGUCCUACUCUGUUUCAGAUAAAGAAUAAAGGUAGCAGCGUGUAAGAUAAAAAGUCGCAAGCACUGUCAAUUACUUAAUACCAAGAAGGUGACGACUUUGCAUACUUUAACACUUAGGUAAAUAUUCGUGAUUUGCUUGUCUUGUGACAUUCACAAGAUCAGCAACCAGGAUGUCAGUAUUGAAUCAAAGUGGCGAUGAUGCGGUAGAGUGUCCGUUGUGUAUGGAACCGCUGGAGGUGGACGAUCUAAAUUUCUUCCCUUGCACCUGCGGGUAUCAGAUAUGCCGUUUUUGUUGGCACAGAAUUCGUACUGACGAGAACGGUCUGUGCCCCGCGUGUCGGAAGGCCUAUUCUGAAAAUCCGGCUGAUUUUAAACCCCUUACCAAGGAAGAAUUGUCAAGGAUAAAGGCUGAGAAAAGACUAAAAGAUCAACAACGGAAGCAGAAAGUUAUGGAAAAUCGGAAACAUCUAGCAAAUGUGAGAGUAGUACAAAAGAAUUUAGUGUUUGUAGUAGGAUUACCGUUGCGACUGGCAGAUCCGGAUGUUUUAAAGAGACACGAUUAUUUUGGAAAAUUUGGGAAGAUACACAAAGUCGUAAUUAACCAGAGUACUUCCUACGCAGGGUCUCAAGGCCCCAGUGCUUCGGCUUAUGUUACUUACCAACGUCAAGAGGAUGCGCUACGUGCUAUAGAGGCUGUGAAUAACAUUAUUAUGGACGGACGGACAAUAAAAACAUCAUUGGGAACGACAAAGUACUGUUCGCACUUUAUGCGUAACCAAGCUUGUCCGAAGCCGGAUUGCAUGUACCUGCACGAUCUUGGGGACCAGGAGGCAUCGUUUACGAAGGAGGAGAUGCAUAUGGGGAAACAUCAGGAAUACGAGCGCAAGCUUGUGCAAUCGUUACAUGCACACGCAUCUUCGGUGCAACGGAAACCGACACCAUCACCACCUGUAACUGGCAGUAUUGUUAGGGAAAGUGGAACCAUAAACUCACAGACUAAAGAGGCAUGGCCAUCGUUGCAACCAGGACAGACGAACAGCACACAAACCAGUUGUAAGGAAGUAUCACCACCUGUGCAAACAGCCACACAACACAGCAACAACGUAGGGAACGCAAGUGGUGGCACAUUAGUUCAGCAGGGUCACAUAUCCUCCUCUGGGGUUGUGACAGCGCAACAUCAACAAAACAACAAUAAUAAGGGUGAAAGUGGUGUUGUCGGUGUACGACGGGGUAAAAGUAAUAGCGAGAGCAAGGCACAGGCAGCUCGGAACAAACACAAAAAUUGUCAGAACAAGGAGAAGCAUGGUGGUACUCGUACGACAUUGCGAUCGGAAUCGAGCUCGGCCAACGCAACGCAAAAUAAUAGUUCGCAGUCGCAAAUUAACGGGCAAAAGGACAUAAGAAACUUUUCCGCCGAUACGAACAGUGAAAUGUUGCAAAAAUUGGGUAACAAGUGUAAAUUGGAGCACCAACAGCAGCAACAGCAAUCACAGCAACAACAGCAACAACAACAAACUAGCAAAACAUCAAAAUUAGUUCAGCAGUCACAGUCGCACGAAGUUAAAGUAAACGGUGUGUUACAAAACGGGGAGCGUCGGCAUUCAGAUAGUGAAACGGAUCAGCAGCGUGAAGGUAGCACGCCGGCUAGCACGAUCUCGAGCACGGAAGACUCGAACCUAAAUCACCAAGCCGAACACUUGGCUGAAUCGAGCGAGGAAAACAAUGGCGCUGUUCUUUUGGAUUACGAUGAAGCAAGUGCUGGCAUGGAUACACGUUCGUCUCCAGCUAGCACAAAUUCAUCGCAAGGUGCCAAUCAACCACCACCACCGGGACUACAUAAUGGAUCUCAAAUGCAACACAACCACCGAUCGAUCUUUCAGGCGGACAAUAACAGUUUCUUCAGUUCGAAUAGCUUUCAGAAAAUCUCUACUACCACCUCAAUGCCACCCAACUCCCUCUCAGCGAACACGAAUCUGGAUUGGACGAGCACGGGAGUAGCUGCGAUACCAGACUCAUUGCCGUCGGUCCAUUCUAGCGAAGAUUGGCAGGCGGCUUUCGGUUUCCAGACCGAAUCUUCCCGAGCCAACCAUAUUAUACCGAAAUCCAGCCCCUCCGAUUCGCCCAGAGUAACAUUCAAUUCUGAAGGUUUUGUAGAUGAGGAAGUAUACAUAAAUGCAGCACCGUACACCACCACGCUCACAGAAUCGUCUGGUACCUUCACUAAUUUACUCGCAAAUUCACCCGCGUCUAAGUUCAUGGCGGACUUUCAGCAAAAUUCCUUGCAACAAAGGCUUACUAUGCAGGCACAACAAAAUCAAGAAAAUUGCGAAUACAUAAAGCAAAAUGGACAUGCCACGUUGGAGGAAGUUCGGAAUCACCGUGACGCAGGAUCAGACGUGAAGGCUGACGACGAUCUAGGCUUCGAUCCGUUCCACGAGACGCAAAAGGCAUUAGCCGAGCUUAUGGAGAACGAGAUGCAAAUACAGCAGCAGAGGAUAUACCAGCAGCAGCAGCAACAACAGCAGCAACAACAGAGAGAACGGGAAGAGCAAAAUAGGGUGCAACACCAACAGACCUUUGCGAAUCUUAAUCAGCAACACUUUCCACAAGUUGCGCACAUAGCACACUUGCAAGCGCAACAAGCCCAGCACUUGCAAAAUCUACAGGUGCUUCAGUCGCAUUCCCUCCUGUCUCGUCUUCCACAAAAUCUGUUACAAAGCGGCGGUGCACAGAGUCCUGCUCAGGGCACAGUAACGGCCGCCAGUCUUGGACAACGGAGCCGCCUUCCACCACCGGGUUUUCCUGGAUCUACGCCAAAUCACAUGAACUCAUUCGGUCUCGGUAUACCACGACCAGCCCCAACGAACAGUACUCUCUCGGGAACACAGCCACCACAGCAGAAUGCGUAUCUUCCCAACGGAGUUGGGAGUCCUCUCAUCAAUACGCAAACUAUUGGCAAAUGCGCGGGUGAUACGGUGUACACUCUGAAGGAAUGGUGUGACAUCAAUAAUCAGCAGCAGCAACAACAAUUCCACCACCAGACGCUACAUCAGAAAGGAGGAUGGAACAAUUUCGGACCUGUCACUGACUGGACUUCGAUUGAUCCAGCCAUAGUUAGUUCGUCUAGACCUCUUCCAUUCCAGACCACUAGCACAUGGCAGUUUUCUCAUAUUCAUCCUUCUCACACCGUAGCUCACAAUGCGCAACAGGAACAGAACGCACCUGCUCAGCAUUGGGCGAUGCAACCACCUCCUGGCUUUGCUGCACCCACGACCACGGGGCAACUGAGUACUCCGCAACCGAGCACAACCGCACAGCCGCACACUAAACUCAUCCCCACGGGAUCGGAAAUCGAGAGUAAGUUGGUCGCGAUAAAGCUCCGUGCAAACUGAAAAUACCAUUACAAUGCUGCCGCGGUAUCGAAAUAUAUAGGGCGUCUAUGAUAUUGCAGACCUAUAAGUCUUAUGCGAGGUGAACGAGUGGCGUCAUAAAAGUGUUUCUCCGGACUUGGCAAGAUCAAAUAUCCAGCUAAUAAAAGAAAACAAAAAUGAAAGAGAAAAAGAAAGAACGAAAGAUACAAAACGUAAAAGCGACAGUCGAUAAUGUACGUUUUCCUUUAACACAUCUGUGUCUCACGUUUUACUCUUAAUUCAUUUAUUUGAGUUCAUUCAACUCUGAAACGAAAAAAAUGUCAGAGUACAAGUUCGCGCAUAUAUAUGAAAUGUAACGAAAAAUAUUUAUGUGUCAAUACACAUUUCUCAUAACAUAUUUAUCUGAAUUGUAGCAAAAUUUAUUCGUUUGAUUUCAAAAUCUGCAUUCUAUGUUGUGACGAGAAGCGCAGUUCGUAUAGGCUGCGAGAAAUGCAUCAAAGAAAUUAAAUCGAUUGAAUCGAUAAGAGAUUAUUUUUCGAUGAAAAGAUUAUCACGAUGUUUAAAACUAUAUUUCCUGCGAACAUUUAUUAUCGUUUAAUAUCGAUUCUGUUUUCGUUAUAACAUUUAAAUGGAAAAAUGUCUUACGUUUGUGAAAAUAUGAGAUUUAAAGAUUCAUGGAAAGAGAGGGAGAGAGAGAAAGAGAGACAAAGAGGCAGAGAAAUAAAUUCUCAAUGAAAGCGACCAUAAUAAAACUUCAGUAUGUAUUAAAUUGUUUAUUAUUUAAAGCGAUGCAGGACACGUAUAUUUUAAACUCCGAAAAAAAAGAAGCUUUAUUCUGACUAACUCAAAAAAGUUUUGUCAUCAAAAGAAGAUCCUAACCAAUAAUACGAUACGCCAUGCGUUACAUUAUAUAUUAUUCUUCUGUUUUACAAUAAUGCCUCCGUUUAGUGCAAUCGCAACGUAACCGAGAAAUAUAAGUGACAUUUUAUGUGUUUUAUGUGAUAAUUUUAAAUAAGAUUUUCUUUUAUCGUUAUUUUUAAUACAUCAAUCAAUGUACUGCGAUGAAGAAAAAAAAAGAAACGGCAUGUUUUACCAGUUUUAUCAGCGCACAUAAUUUUUCUUCGGAGAAAUGUCAUGUCGUCCUAUCGUAUUGCGACACCCUAUGACUAAUUUUAUGCUGUCCAAAUGACUAAACAUUAGCUUAAGAAUUCGUUUAUUCGGUUUCGAUAAUUGUUUCGUUGAGGAUACUGAAUUCUAUGUCGUCAAUCAUGAAUGGAUCGGACGCUGAUUACGAGUCAGUUUUUAAAAAACUUCUAUAUUCAUACAUUACGAGAGAAUAGUGAUAUCUCUCCGAUCUCUCUCGACAAGGCUAUCAAUGUUGUACGUCUAAGGAAAACUGCAGAUGGCUGUCCGACGUAUUAACACAGCCUCACACACAUACAAAAGCGUAUUCACGCGCGUGCCACAUAUAUACACACACACACACACACACACACACGCACAUUAAUACGUGACAAUGUAUUUUAUUUACGCGAACUGAUACGAAAGAAAAACAAAAUAACAGACUGGGAAUAUUAACACGAUGUGUGUACGAUAAAAUGCGAGAAACGUCUGAGCGAUGUACCACGAUGUACAUACCACGGCGCGUUGUGUCGAACGGAGUUAUUCCCGUGGCGGAUCGUGUCUGCUGUUUUACGAACGGAAUAACAAAAGAACACGUCACAUAUAUAAAAGAGUAAAUAAUAAAACUAUAAUUAUAAAAUUUAAUUCUCUCAAUAAGGUAAUCGAGAAAUACACGAUAAUGCGCAAAAAAUCUCUGUGUGAUAA